UUGUCGUACUUCAUCAGUUUGAUUUCGACUACGAUUCCGACCUGCUAACGAUGUAUUCGAAGAGUUGUUGCGCAUUGUUCCUGCUGGCGCUAGUCGCCUGCCAGGCCGCACCCUCGCCCAAGAUAAUCGAGAAGUCAACCGAGACAGCGACCAAGCUCGUCAAAGAAGACAUUAAGCCAGAAGAUAUUGGCGCGGACAAGGAUAGAGCAAAAAAAUCGACAACCUUCUGCGUGGAGGUCCGCUCAGGAAAGGAAGAGUUGGUUCCCUGUAAGCAGGGGCUCCCUAUAAAACAGACGCAAGAGGUUCUAAAUCUCAAGACUCCUGACUACAAACCAAUGGCCAUCAUGCAAACCGCAUCCGUUCCCGCAUCGGUACAGUAUCCAGUACAGUAUCCAGUACAGUAUCCAGUUUCGAAUAUCAUGGUCCAACAGCCGAUGCCGCAACUCUCUCCGAUCAGUUUGCUGCAACCGUCUUCUCAAGUAGUUGUUUCGGCUCAGCCUCAACAGCAAGUUCCUGAGCCAAUCACUCAUCAGCACGUCAUCCAAGUUCAAACUCAACCGCAACAAACUUCAGCGCCAGUUUCUCAAGUUCAAUCGCAACAACCCGCAUUCCCUGCUCCAGCACCAGCUCCUGCUCCAACGCCAAUCAUUAACAUCAUACCGGCUCCCGCCUCCGCACCCUGCGAAAAACCUAAUGUUAUGCAGCCCCAACCCUUACCACCACAAUACAGUCAUACAGUCCACGUCGUUCAACCAACCCAACAGGCACCACAAGAGAUCAAGCCGAUAAAGAUGGAACAAGAAAAGCCACAGAUCCUGCCAAUUUCGCAUCAGGGACUGAGUGUUUUAACGCCCGUCGCACGUCCUUACAAAACCGAAAUGUUACUUGCACCAUCUUCUCCUGUGGAACUUGUUUACCAUGAGGAAGAGCCGACAAGGCUUGUCGAGUACGUACCAACAGUACAGGAAGAAUUAUACGAGUGCAGUUGUCGAUCCGAACAGCAAAAGGCCAAGCCCUAUAAGCAUCACGUAACGGUACAUCCCAGCGGGUCUAAGUCCUUUAGGUCUCCGAUGAUGGCCUUACAAUACAAUCCCAGCAUCGGAGAAAGUGUAGAAUCGCCCAUAAUCGCACAGGCCAGAGAAAUGGAAGGAAGGCAUCAUCAUAAAAAACAAAUCCCUUUACAUCUCACGGUGCAACAACCGUACCCCGUCGUAUAUAGUUCCUCCAACAAUCCUCCUACACAUGAAUCUAACUCAUAUCAGUCUAUAACAUAUAUUACAAGUCCUUAUACCUAUUCAUAUCCCUAUGAAACCUACAGCUCUUACCCUGCGACAAAUUACGACUCUUCUUCUCCUCAAUCCUAUAGUAACGUACCGUUAAUCACCGUAAACACAGGGGGACCAUUUCAAAGGAAUUCCCAAGAUCAAAAUUCGGAGGAGAUUCCGGCGGAUAACAAAAAUAUACAAGAAACUCUUUCAAAUGUGAAUGGUCUCUCCAGCAAUCAAAAGCGAGAGGUUACUAAUACUCAAUUGAAGAAUGACAAGAAAGAAACUGCAGAGGAACUACAGGUGGAAAAAGAAAGUAGCAUUAAGCAGAUGAUUCCAAAAACCGAUGCAGAUGAAAUUUUGAAACAGAAAGAAGAAUAGAACGAGCUGUCAAAUCUUUAAAGGCAUAGAUAUGCCUAAAUAAUUUGUUAAUUGACUUAACGUAAA